AUGGCGGCGCAAGGGAAGAAGCCUUUGUUGCUAGAGAGCGGCGGAAGGAAGGAGAAUGAGGACCUGGGACUGUGGAGGGCGAAACAGGAGCUCAUCGACGCGCUUCCUUACGUGGACCCGUUGCCUACUGAAGUCAGGGCCAAGGUCGAGGGCUUGAUUAAAGCGGAGAUGCGGCGCAUGGACACGAGCGCCAAGGACUACGAGGACAAGCUCCCGCCCGUGCCGGAGUCCAAGCUGGGCCCCCUGACGCAGCAGGAGCUCGCGCGCAUCGAGGCGGCAAAGACCGACAGGGACAAACACAUGCCGAAGAUGGACGAGCGACGGUACAGGGUGGAGCCCCCGCCGGAGGACAAGCAGGACAGUGUGGAGGCGUGGCAGGACGCGGUGUCGAACGCACGGGCGCAGUCGGAGCACCAGCAGCUCAAGCUGCUCAACCUGCGGCUGCAGAGCAAGUUCGGCGCGGACGUGUGGCGCGGGAGGAACAUGGAACUGGAGCAGUUGAAGGAGGAAUAUGAAACAGAGGCUCGCGCGACGAAGAAGGAGACGGAGGCGCUCAACCGCGUGCGGAAGCUCGAGCAGGAGGCCGCGGGCGGCAAGAUCGAGGCGCUGCACGCCGAGUUCAUGGAGCUGGUGCGGAAGAACGCCGAGAUUGCCGACGCGUGCGCGGAGGUGGAGCGAGACGUGGCGCUGUACGAGGCGCGGGCGCGGGCGCUGGAGCGGCGAAGAGACGAGCAGAAUGGCGGCGGGGCGAUGGAGGAAGACUGA